UGUACAGAUGGCAUUAACACUUACACAUGUAACUGUGUAGCUGGGUACACUGAUAGUGUCUGCUCUACAGAUAUUGAUGAAUGUGCAACUACUCCGUGUCAAAAUGGAGGGACGUGUACCGAUGGAAUUAACACUUACACAUGUAACUGUGUAGCUGGAUAUACUGAUAGUGUCUGCUCUACAGAUAUUGAUGAAUGUGCAACUACUCCAUGUCAAAAUGGAGGGACGUGUACAGAUGGCAUUAACACAUACACAUGUAACUGUGUAGCUGGAUACACUGAUAGUGCCUGCUCUACAGAUAUCGAUGAAUGUGCACCAACUCCAUGUCAGAAUGGCGGGACGUGUACAGAUGGCAUUAACACUUACACAUGUAACUGUGUAGCUGGAUACACUGAUAGUGUGUGCUCUUCAGAUAUUGAUGAAUGCGCAACUAACCCAUGUCAAAAUGGAGGGACGUGUACAGAUGGCAUUAACGCUUACACAUGUAACUGUGUAGCUGGAUAUACUGAUAGUGUCUGCUCUACAGAUAUUGAUGACUGCGCAACUGCACCAUGUCAAAAUGGAGGGACGUG